AUGAAAACCUACUUCCUCCCCCCAAAACCGGACAUCGCCCCCAACACAUCCAUCAAACUGGGCAGCAUCAUCCUCUCCCCCCACCUCGCCGAAGAGCCGCUGUCCCCCAACCCGCCCCCCAUCCCACCCCACCUCCACCAACCCGACCACAUCGAAACCGACUGGUCCUGGACGACGUCCCAGCACCGCUCGCACAACGCCGGCAUCUGGACGUCCUUUCUCCAGCUCUUCUUGGGCGCCGGAAUCGACGUCAGCGGCGAAGCGGCGCGCAGCGCGUCCGACGCGUGGAGCGCCGCGAGGCUGACGACGCAGCGCUUUGUGCCGGAUCUAGCGUACGUGCGGCAGGCUGUGGCCGCCGACGAGGUGCAGGAGUAUCUGGGGAGUGAAGGGUCAUUUCGGGCGAAGAAGAUUUACAUGGUGACGGGGGUCAAGAUCGCGAGCGGGGCGGGGGUGGAGAGCGGGGUGGAGCGGGAGAUGGGGGUGAAUUUUAGCCCGGGCGUGGAUGGGUCGGGGGUGGGUGUGCCGCUUGCGCUUGGGAUGGCGGUUGGGGGUUCGCGUGGGUUCUCGGAUGUGCGGUCGUCGCGGAGUGUGACUGAUUUCGUGUUUGCGUACCGGUUGAGGCAGAUCAGGUAUAAGGUGAAGGGUGGUGAAGAGUUUGUGACUCAUCGGGAGUUCAGUGAAGGAGCUUUCUACGGCGAGGAGAUGCAGGACAUUCUUUCUGGGCCGCCGACCAUUGAGUUUGAAGCGGAGGAUCUGGAGGACCAGGACGCUUCUGGGGAAGACUUUGAGGCCACGCAAGUUCUGGACGUCCCUGGUGAUGACGAGGGUGAGGACUGUCAAGUUGCUGUCUUGUUGAAUUAG